UGAACGACAAUCUCAAUUUACAGCAAGCGCAACCAGGUGUUUUCGCUACAAAAAAACAAAUAAAAAUAAAUAAACCUGGCGUUAAUACUCGUUUCGUGUGUUUUUUAUAACUAAAAGAACGGCUCCGUGGCAAUUAUCUACGCAAAAAACAAUACGUAAACUUUUUGGCUUAAAAUUUGCGAUUGUUUAUUUGCUUGUUUCUGUUUAUAUGCGUGCGCGAGUGCAUGUGUGUGUGCGUGUGUACAUAUGUAUUUGUUAGCAAGUGUAAUGAUUUGGAGGCUGUGAAGAGCUGUCGCGACGGCAAUUGAAUUAGCAACAUAAAGUCGCUGUUGCUAGAGCUGCUGUAUUGACAACUGCGGCAGGUGCAGUUGCAGGUGCAGCAGCGGCGUCGCCCCCUUACACCAGAGCACGCACGCACGCACACACACAUCCAUACAUACAGAAAGACAAACAGGCAGGUAAAACUACAACAACAACAACAUGGCUGGCACGGCAACCGCAACACCAAUGGAAAUUGACGAAUUCAUAAAUGGAGCGCUCGUUUCUUGGUUGGAGUCAUGCCUUCCACGUGCCGAACUUCUGGCCGGCUACACUUCGCUGCUGGAUGGCAUCAUAAUACACAGCGUUUGGCUCCAGAUCGAUCCGGAGCCCCAGAACAAUCCCAGCGAACUGCUGACCGAUCUCAGUGGGAAUUCUCUGAGCGUGGCACGUGCCAAAAACUUUGAGUGCAUCGUGCGCAACUUAAAGGCGCUAUUCGAGGACGAGCUUGGCCAGACUAUUUUGGUGCUGCCCGAUGCCUACAUGUUGGGCUACUAUCCGGAGAGUAAACAUGGUCUGGAACAGAUGAAAACAUUGCUGACGUUGUUGCUGGGUGCAGCGGUGCAGUGUCCUAACAAACAACUGUUUAUUGCACGCAUCAAGGAGCUGGAUCUGGAGACGCAACAUGCGAUUGUGGCGCUUAUCAAACAGGUCACCGAUAGCCACAGUCUGGUGCUCACCGAGGACUCACUGGAACGUCUCACCCCCGAGAAUAUGUAUGGUCACAUUAUGCGCUUAACCAAGGAACGAGAUCACAUGUACUUGAAGUGGAUUGAAACCGUGUGCGUUGAACCCGAGCUGAAUGCAAGCGAUGGUGCUGAAUGUGGUCAGGGCGUCAGUGUCCCACGUUCACCCUCCAGCGGCACAGCAACUUCGACACCAUCCUCAUCCUCCAAUUCAGAGAGUAAUCACUUGGCCGUCGAGUGUGCUGACUUAAGAUCAAAGAACCGCAAAUUACGCCAGGAGCUAGAGGAGAAAUCGGAGAAUCUGCUGGAGCUGCGUGAGGAGUUGGACGAUAAGAAGCUGCGCUUUGAUAAGUUGCGUCAAGAAAGCCAGGAUUGGUUUACGGAGGCAAAGCGUGCGGCAGCCUAUCGAGAUGAGGUGGACAUAUUGCGGGAGCGUGCUGAACGUGCCGAUCGUCUGGAGAUUGAGGUGCAAAAGUAUCGCGAGAAACUAGGCGAUUCUGACUUUUACAAAUCGCGUGUUGAAGAGUUACGCGAGGAUAAUCGUGUGCUUCUUGAAUCCAAAGAAAUGCUAGAAGAACAACUACAGCGAUCUCGCAAACGCUCAGAACACGUCAUCACCUUGGAGACGGAGAUCAUCAAGUACAAGCAAAAGUUAAAUGAUAUGGCACUGGAGCGAGAUGUGGACCGUACGAAGCUAGAGGAGUUGCUGGAGGAAAACGCCCAGCUGCAGCUGGUUGCCAAAAAUCUGAACUCAACGCAGGAAAUUGACAAAUCCUUUUCGGACAAUGACGACGAAUGCAAUUCGGGUGACAACAGUUUGUCCGAGCAGCUAACCAACAACGCACAAACUCGUGCACUAAAACUAGAGCUGGAAAAUCGUCGCCUAACUGCUGCUCUGGAACAAUUGAAGGAGAGCAGUUUCCAUGAAUCGACCAGUAAAAUGCUCGAGCUUGAAAAGGAAAAGAAGAAAUUGUCAUUGAAGAUCGAGCAAAUGCAGGAGAAUAUACAAAGAUUGACACAGCAAAAUGUGGAGCUAGAGAGCGUGUUUAAGAACGCAUUAGAGGAGAAUAAGAAACUGCAGGAUGCUGUCGAUAAUCGACAGAAAAGCUAUGAUCGCCAGAGCCUCGAACGUGAUGCCGAUCGUCAGAAACUCUCGGAUGCCGAGCAACAUGUGGAGACCCUUAAUAAGGAGAAACAACGCAUUCAAACCCUUAACGACAGCAUUCAACGGCGUGCCGAUGACUUGGAGCGCCUUACGGAAAGCAAGACCAAGGAGCUGGAACAGUACGUGGAGAAGACGCAACUGUUUGAGCAAACUAAGCAGCGGCUCUACGAGAUUGAGGCCAAAGUGAGCACCUACGAGCGUGAGAAUGCGAGUCUGCUGAAGGAGGUGACAAAGCUAAAGGAGAGCAGCGAGGAAAAGUCGGUGCAGCUAGAUGAAUCCAUUAAUCGAUUAGAUACACAAGCCAAGGAGUUAUUGCGCAUGACAAAGGCGCAAGAUGAAGCGGAAGUCAUGCAACAAAAGCUUUUGGAUCUGGAGAAACAGAACCAAGAGUUGAGCUCACAACGCAACAUUGAUCAGGAAAUGAUUAGCACGUUGCGCAACGAUCUGGUUAAUGGCACGCUAGUCACGAAGAAGGUUCGCCAUAAUCUCGAGAAGCUCGGACUCGAUGUCAAUGAGGUCGAUGGUGAACCCAACGAGCUGAAUGUGGAGCAUGUGGUAGAGAAAUUGGUGCGCAAUCCUGAAACCUUCAAAACGGUGCGUGAGAUAAUGUUGAAUGUGAAUCGCGAGCAGCAACAGGAAAGGUCGGAGGCGGGCGUCAAGUCGGACAUGUGUGUGCUGUGUCAUCGCCAGGAGAUAUUUACAGUAGAAAAGAACAUUGAGUUGUCAGCUGCUGUGCCCUCAGCGCAAGAACUACGAUUUGAGCACAUGGUGCGACUAAGUCCAGCACGCGAAUCGGCGGAAAUGUUGCGACUUCAAGAGAGUAACACUCAGCUGCAAACGGAGAAUGCACGACUUAGCGUGGAUGUGGCUGCGUUAGGUUCGCAAAUAACAUCGCUGAAUACGCAGCAUGUGGCAUUGCAGCUGGCGAAUUCGCAGCUGGCCGCUGAGAAGGAUACGCUGUUAAAGGACAUUGAUGCGUUGCAGCAGGAGCACAAACAUGCUCUUCAGGAUCAAGUGACUCUGCAGUGUCUGCAUGAUCAACUGUCAGCGGAGUAUGAAUCUCUCAACAAGGACAAAGAGCAGCUGAAGGCAGCAGUGCGUGAUUUGCGACAAGAAACACGCGAUGCACGCGAAACUAUUCAGGAGCAGGAGCAACGCAUCGAGGACUUGACCACACAGACGAGUACUAUGAAAACCUGUCACGAAGAUCUCGCUAUUCUACGCACUGAGCACUCUAAGUUGACUGAUGAUUUCCGUAAUUUGUUCGCCACUAGUGAUCGCUUUAAGAACGAGUACAAGAACAUUCAGGAACAGUACAAGAUGAUUCGCAUGGAGCAUAGCAGUCUUAAAUUACAAAACACAGAACUUACCGGUGAGCUGAAUGCCAAACAAGAUCAGGUCCGUCUAUUGCAGAUCGAGUACUCCAAGGUACAGCAACGUUGUGAGAUGCUGAUACAGAACAAUGCUGACUUGGAUUCGGAGCGUAAGGCAUUGAUGGAUAAUGUGUCGCAACUGCUGUCGCAGUAUCAAGAACUGUUGGCCAUUUCCCUAGAGGACAAAAAGCAUUUCCACGAAGAGGAAAAGAACUACACGGAACGUGUGCACAGCCUAAAGCGUCAGAAGGAAAAGCUUGAGGAGAAAAUCAUGGAACAUUACAAAAAAUCAGAGACCACCGUUCAAAAAAAAAAACCAUUUGCCAGCAGCCUGGUGCGACGUGUGAAGAAGGCCAGCUCCGAAUUGAUGAACAAGGUGCCCAGUCGGAAUCGUCGGUCUUGGGUGGAUGAUGCACGGACAAGUUCACAGUUCGUGAGCUCUGAAUCGGGUGGCAACGAAUCUGACAACAGCAACGAGGAACCGCUCUCUAUUGCUUCAGAUACUCAUUUGCUACAACGUAAUAUGCCUUUGCGUCAGAGCCUGCAACGCGAUUUACUGGAUAGUUCGAUUCAACGCGGCGGUACUGUGCGAAGUAGCUUGCAGGCACAGAAACGUACGGAUUUGAGUAACUCACGUAGAAAUAGCGUGCACGGCAGUCUGGAAGCGCCUGAUGUAACUGGCAGCAGUUUGACACUCGGUACAGCGGGUUCGCGUCGCACUGUUUAUCUAAUUGACGAGCAUCAAAAGUUGACCGAAGCUGGCUCUAAUAGCAACGCAACUCCGCAGCAAUUGCAACAACCUCAGGCCACCUCAACGCCGACGCCAAGUAAUAGUGGUAAUACUGCCAACGCAGCCGCCGAGCCACAGACGCCACAGAAGAACGAGAGUCCGGCUACAUUUCUGAUGUACAAUAGGAUUAAUACAACGAUCGGUGGUGCCGCAUCCAACAACAACGAACAGAAUCCGCUGCUGCAGGCCAGUGGCAGUGGCGGCAGUGUCGCUGGCUCCGCGAACCAGGACGAUAAAGCGUUGCGCAAGCGUAAUGAAGAUAAAAGCAAUAGCAUUUGGUAUGAAUAUGGCUGCGUCUAAAACUUUGGACAAAUACUAGUACAUUAAUUAAAUGCAUUUGCUGACAACGAAGUAUUAUUUCGUUUUAGAGAGUAACGAAUUUAUAUAUAUGCCUUUAGCUUAAGUGCUUAUUAAAUGCUAUGAUUUGCCUUAAGAACCAGACACACAAGUCUGCACUUUGUAUACGUAGUUAAGAGCGUUUACAUCUACAUAUGUUUAAUGUUUAUGUAUGUUGUGUUAUACAAUUAGAUAUAGUUUAUAUAUACAUAUGUAUAUAUUAGUAUUUGUAUUUGUGUUUGUGUAACUGAACGAAGACUAAGUACGGAAAAUGUGCGAAUUCAUAAUUACCUAGACUACACACUUAUUGUGUAACCAAUACCGAAAUGUAUGUUCAUGACGUCCAGAAUAUAUAUGUGUGUAGGAGCAACAGAUCAAAAGUUUACUAUAUUUUAUUUAUGUAUUUUACAAACUCUGAACUCGAAUAUAUUCCUACAUUUUGUAUACUACAGCUAACAGCUUACAGCUAACAAAUGCGCCUUCAAUUUGUGAAUAUAUAUUAUAUAUUUAUACAAACGUAAUCCAAUAAUUAUACAUUAUUAAUGCAAAUUAAAGUAAUUUAUUGACCAACAUUUAAAAACGCAAUAAAAAUUAAAAACAAGAA